CAUACAGAGGAAAACUUGUGCGUCUCAGCUGCAUAGAAUACCUCUGUAUUGUCUUGACUCAAACGUGAAUCUCCCCACAGCUACAAAACAAAGCCAUGCACACACACACACACACAAACACAGUAGGCUAUUGAAACAUUUCAGCACAGAUAAACCUAGGUGAUGACACAGACAGAGUGUGCUGAUACAGUAUAGAUGAACCUGCUCGCCACAGUACCCUGUGUUGCCAUGGCAACGAUGUAAGGCCUUUCGACAAGUCAGGAGGGUCAGAAGAAAGAGUUGUGAUGGUGCUGGGAUGGCAGGGGGGCGCUGGGCAGUUUUUGAAGGUGAACUUUGUAGCUCUCAUUCCUCUCUUUCCUUUUCAAUCAAUGCUACAGUGUUGGACCUUGGUGGUGCAUGUCAUGGUGAAGGAUGAAAUUAAAAACUUUUUUUUCCAGAGGAAACUCGACGAUAAAGGUUGAAGUGACUGACUCCUACUGUUUCCAGAAAGGAGUGGAUGCCCAGGCUGGGCCAGCAGACAGGAGCAGAGGACACUGGUUGUCUGGCUGCAGUGUCUAGCUGCUGGUAUGGUGUAGGAUAACGGCCUGAAACCUUCACAGCUACAAUGAGCCUGCUCAUGUGUUUAGGUUGUGUGUUACUGGACCUCAUGACAGUCCACAGCCAUGUGCUCAUGCAGGGCCGUAUAGUAGGUGGUCACAUCGCUGCACCAAACUCCAUCAAAUACAUUGUGUCACUGCAGAGCACCAGGGGCCAACACUUCUGUGGUGGAUCAUUGGUUCACAGAUACUGGGUGCUGACCGCAGCGCACUGUAACAUAGGGGCAGAGCACAUGAUGAUAGUGGCGGGCGACUACAUCGUAAAUACCUUUGAGGGCACUGAGCAGUACGCUAAACCCCACAGGCUGGUCACCCAUCCCCUUUACAACAGGAGCACCAACAAUGCCGACAUCAUGCUCAUUAAGUUGCGAGCCCCCAUGGUGCUGAACAAAUACGUGUCGCUGGCGCCUCUGCCCAGGCAGGGGACAGGAGUGGUCGAAGGUUUGGUGUGUCGGGUGUCAGGAUGGGGUUACAACAAUCUGGGUGGAGGCCAGGCCCCCUUCACCCUGAGGACGGUCACAGUGCCGAUUGUUUCAACUGCAAGGUGUAACAGCAGCGAGUCCUUUAACGGAAACAUCACAGCAAACAUGAUCUGUGCUGGCUACAGGACUGGAGGAAAAGAUGCAUGCAAGGGAGACUCUGGGGGGCCCCUGGUGUGUGGGGGACGUGUCUAUGGCGUGGUCUCUUGGGGCAAUGGCUGCGGUGCUGCAAAGUUUCCGGGAGUCUACACAGCUGUGUCCAAAUUCCGCCGAUGGAUAGACCAAACCAUCUACUGGUCAUACCUACGCUGUACAAAACACUGAUGAAGAUAAUGAUAAAACUAUGAAAGUAGCCAUUUAUUCCCUGAAAACGUUUGUGCUGGUAUGGACCAAAGGUGGUUCUGUGAAAAAUAUGCAGAGCUUCCUCUAAAGCACUGCUCUGAUUAUUGUGAUAAUGUUUUCAAUACCAAUAUAAUGGUGAUGCAUCUCGUAUUCUCAAAUGAUCUAACUGUGAACAUUGAUCUCUGCCAGCUACAGUAAUUGUAGGAUCCACUACAGUGGGUACUUUGUAAGCCUACUGUGUAUGUAACUCCAGUGAUGUGAAGUUAA